AAACAACAGCCAAUCAUAUCACGACUUGUAAUAGCCUCUCGAGAAAAUUCUUUAAUCUUCCUUCCCCAAAGAAAAUUGCAUAAAGGGUUCAAAGAAAUUCUCAAUUUGGAAAAGAUAAAAAUUGCUCGUCUUUUCAAUUUUUAAUAUUUGCAGAUUUGCUUGUUGUUUGUUCAAAGUAAAGAGGUAAAGAUGCAAGGAGGGGGUAGGGAUCCUUUCAACUUUGGUGGCCCUUUUGGAGGUGGUUCUGGUGGCCCUACUAACAAUGGUCCUCCGAAUCUGAUGUCUAACUUUUUCGGAGGAAGAGACCCUUUUGAUGACCCUUUCUUCACUCAGCCUUUUGGUGGUGGCAUGUUUCAGUCCAACUUCUUUGGUCCUACCAUGGAUCCUUUCGCGGGAAUGCGUCCUCCAACAGGUUUUAUCGAGAAUCAUCAGCAGCCACCACAGCCGAGAAGGUAUCAUGGACCGAUUAUUGAAGAGAUUGAUUCAGAUGAUGAGAAUGAAGAGAAGAAAGUAAGGCUAGGGAAACAUGGCAGGUCAUGCACUGAGACUGAAACUGAAGAGGCUAGAGCUGAAGAGAGAAGGAACAGACAAAUGCAAAACAUGAAUGCAAAUGAUAUGGUGAACAAUGGACAAUGGCAACCUCAAACUCAUAGUUAUAGUUUCCAGAGCUCCACUGUUACAUACGGUGGUCAUAACGGAAACUACUAUACUUCUUCCAAGACCAGAAGGACAGGAAGUGAUGGGUUAACUCUUGAAGAAAGCAAAGAAGCUAAUACUGCAACACGCGAAGCAGCGCAUAGGAUUUCAAGAGGGUUACAUAACAAGGGCCAUACAGUUGCGCGGAAACUUAACUCAGAUGGUCGGGUUGAUACAACGCAGACCUUGCAUAAUUUAAAUGAAGAUGAGUUGGCUGAUUUUGAGCAGUCUUGGAGUGGAAAUGCUCGAAUGCAGUUACCUGGUCGGUCUGGUUCCUUUGGCAGUGGUCUUGUAAACAGAGAGCAACCAAUGUCGCUUCCUUCAACCGAUCCAAGCUCUUCACGUGGAAGACCAGAGUCAUCCAGAAGAACAAAGGCUGCAAUGAAUGUUACAGGACUGGGCAGAAACUAGAUCUUAGGACUACCAUGUCCUGUUAGUGAAUGUAACCAAAGACACUAUUAUCUACUUUACUUAGGGUGCAUCGUUACUGUAGCCCGUAUGAUGACAUGACUUUGAGGCUUUUAUGAUAAUGGUAUAUGCAUG